AUGGCAGAGGAACAAGCAGCCUUGCAAGACUUUGCAAACUCGUUUUGCGUCUGUCGGAACAAGCCAGAGAACGAUGCCCAUUGGGAUUCAGAGGCAGAGGAGUGGAUCGGAAAGGCGUCCAUGUCGGCGAGACAUCGGUUCCUUACCACCAAAGACUUGAGAUGGACAUAUUUCAAUGCCCUCACGCUCGGCAUGACUGACGAAGGGGAUGCAGACGUCGCAAGCCUGUCUGAGGCAAUACAAUUUGUUGAAGAUCUGAAGGCUGCCGCCGUGACAUACGUGACUAACAUGCAGGGCUGGUCUGACAAGAUCGGGCUCUUCUUCCACGUCUUUGGGCACAACUCUGUGAACUCCCUCCAUCUGCAUAUUGUAGAUAUGAACUCGGUAGGGCCAACUUUUCACAAGCUGAAUUACAAGAACUGCUCCAUCGGCGCCGUCCUGAAGGUGCUGCGAGAGGAGCUGACGGCUGCUGAGGCAGCUCAACAGCCCAAGGAGCCUAGGAUUCUGCAGCCAAAGACUGCUGCAGUUGAGGAAACAGAGCAACCAUCCCUAGAUGCUAUCCAAGAGCUCAACGUGGGUGGUGAGUUCGUAGCUGUGUCUCUGGCCACUCUUCAUCGCUCCCCACCGAACUCCUUCCUUAAGAACAUGGUGGAGAAUUUGGCCAGCCCUACGCUUGUCCGUGACAGCCGCGGCCGAAUCUUCCUCGACCUCCCGCCAGAAAGCUUCAAGCAGAUUAUCAACCACCUUCGGAUGCAGGAGUUGAACCAAACUGACCUUCAUCUGCGGUGCGCUGACGAGGACACAAGGCUACUGGCAGAGUCGCUUGGAAUUCCAACACAUCGGCCACCGACCGCGCAUUCGCUGAACCUGUAUGUGUUUGGUGCUGCCCUAGCCGUGGGUCUAUGCCUUCUCCUGAAGCGGACGUGA